AUGACUGAUCAUUUAUCAAUCAAUUAUUCUUAUCUCGAACAAUUUCCCGAUGAAGUCUUUCUUGAAAUAUUUAAAUAUAUACCAUUACAUAACUUAUAUCAUGGCUUUUAUAAACUUAAUCAACGCAUUAAUAAUAUUCUUCAUUCAGUAACAGAACUUUCAUUAACAUUAGAUAAACCAGAAGAUAUUAAUGAUGAAGCAGUAUGUUUUUUUGCAUCGUGUAUUUAUCAUCUUAUUGUACGACAUUCCAAUGUUGUACAUUUUAAUCGUUUUCCAUCAUUACGUUCAUUAAUAUCAUUAUUUCCACGUGAUCAACAAUUACGUUGUAUAAAACCAAAAAAUUUGUCAAAUUUAACUCAUUUAACUCUUGGUUUUAUGGCAAUUUGGGAUUGUGAUAUAUCGGUACGAUUAUGUCGACGAAUUAUUUCAAAUAAAUUUCCUAAACUACAAUAUUGUUCUUUAUGGCCAUCACAAUUUGACCUUGAUAUGUCAAUAAUUCAAACACCAUUAUUAACUCAUAUGGAAUUAAAAGAAGGAAAUUUUGAUGAUCUUUGUGCUGUAAUUAAUUCAUGUCCAAAUUUAAAAUAUUUACAAAUGCUUGUUUCCAUAUAUGCAAAAGCUCCAAGUAAACCUAUCGAAAGUUUAUCUGUUACACGACUUGAUGUUUCAUUUAUUCGUGGUGAUCCAGAAUGGAUUGAAAAACUUGAUCAAUUAUUAUCAUUAUUACCAAAUAUUAAACGAUUAUUUAUUGAUACAUGUGUUAUACAUAUUGAUUUUAAUGAACUAUCUCGUAUACUUAAACAAAGACUUCUUCAUUUGCGUUUUUUUAAAUGUGAAAUACAUGCUAUUGCAUUUCCAGUUCUAAUUUAUAAUGUACGACGAUAUCAUCCACUUUUCGAAAAUAUCGAUUUACAAGAUAUUGAUGAUAAUGAUUGUCGAUGUGGUGGAAUAAAAUUAUGUUUAAAUGGACAAAAAAAAGAAUAA